AUGAGAGAGAGAGAAAGCGCGAACACCGCAGAAGGCCGAUUGCCCGGGGACGGCAGAAUGCAGGGGUCACCUAGCGCAUCCAAGUGCUUAAAUGCAUUGUUUGAAAUAAUAAGAAAACAAAUUUGCCGAUUUCCAAAGCCAGCCGCGAUUACUCCGCAGCUCUGUCGCCGCGUUUGUCUCCUGGGCCGCCCCAAUGUCGGAAAAAGUGCGUUGUUUAACCGCAUCUGCUUUGGAGGGCCUUUGGGAGGAGCACGCGGAGGCGCGUUGGUGAGCGCCACGGCAGGAACCACAAGAGACUGCCUCAUUGCUGCCCUCGAGUGGCGGGGAGAACACGUCGAAAUCGCCGAUACGGGAGGCCUUUUGAUGGACGACAAGGAGUUGGGGCCGUUAGCCUUGCAGUUGAGGGAUCAAGUCGCCUUCGCUCUGCAGCAGGCUGCUUGUGCCGUAUUGGUAGUGGACGGCCGGGCCGGCGUACAGAGCGACGAUGAAUACCUCGCGGAGAUGGCAAGACACCUGAAGCUGCCCGUUGUGUUGUGUGUCAACAAGAUGGAAAAUCCCAAGACGGCAGCAACCGAGGCGCAGGUCUUUUGGCGACUUGGUCUUGGAGAACCCCUGGCGUGCAGCGCGGCUACUGGGACGGGUGUCGGCGAGCUUCUCGACAAAUGUAUGGACCUGAUGGCGAAGCUGGGGAAGCCAUCGAGUCGCCCCUCCCUCCGCACAACAAAGUCCUCGAUGGAGGGGCUUAGGGAGCACGUAACGGUGGCUCUGGUGGGCAGGCCUAACGCAGGUAAAUCGCGGCUGCUCAACCGCCUUUUGGAUUGCCAGCGAAGUGUUGUCAGUCCCCUGCCGGGGACCACGAGGGACGCAGUCGACGAGUUCGUCAUGCGAGGAGAGCAGCUCUACUGCCUGGUAGACACUGCCGGGAUCCGAAGGGCCAGCAUGAUUCGCAGGAAUUCUUCGGGCGACUUGCAGAUGGCUGCUCGCGCUAAAACUGCGGCGCUAAGGGCAGAUGUUUGCCUGCUAGUGAUUGACGCCUCGGUUGGAUUGACGCACCAGGAUGUGAAUUUGGCGAAGAUGUUGGAGGCACUUGGUCGAGCAGUAGUUGUUGUCCUUAACAAAUGGGAUGUAGCCCUCCAGACGGAGGCCUUCAAGCAGAAUGAGGCAGUAGACUACGUGCGCAGAGUCUUGUUCCCCGUACACUGGGCCGAGGUUCUUUUUGUCUCGGCAGAAACCGGCAGCGGAGUAGCAAAGAUAUGGUCGGCAGUGGACGCCGCAGCCCAGCAGGUGCCCACAAUGGUUGUUUUCUGCAACAAGGGAGAAUUUUUUCCGGAGGCGUACAGGCGUUACCUAGACUUUGCAGUCCGUAGUGCCUUCAAGAUGACAGGAACGCCGAUCCGGGUAGCCAUACUUCAAAGCAACAGCCACUGUAAAAGCCAAGCGCUCAGGGCAGAGAAAUUUCUCCGAUGGCUUGCCGUUCAGGUGGAUCUUUCGGGACAAGCGCCUGCGUACCAUGCAACAGUUCCUGAGACAGCGGAGAACGCACAGCAGGCCGCCCUGACGGCCUAA